UGGCCAUCCAGUUUCAGCAGACUGUACAUGUAAUGUUGCAAGGGGAUUGCUGUUAGAUCUUCCUCCCCUUUGCAAUAAUAAAAGCAGGAGAACCAAUCUUGAUAUUCUCAGUGGGCUUUCAGCAUGUGCCGACAGUUGUGAGGAUCAAAUGAAAGGUCAGUAUCUAAUUUCUAUGUCUUCCACACCGGCAUAGCAGCAUCUGUCUACUUUCAUAAUUGGUUGUGGAGCUGGACUGUCUCCUGAGCUGUAUUUCUCCUGGGGGGAAAAGCCCAUUUAACAAUGCAGAUACAAAGCGUUUCUCAACGAUGGCAAUUUUAAGGAAUGUGAAACUUUUAACUGCCAGAAUUCCACAGCCAGCAUACAUGGAUACUGCUCUAAGGACGCAACGAUGGAAAUCUCAAGUCCAGAUUUGCCAGUUUUAUUAUUUGAGCCUUUUGAUUGUAGGGAAAAGUUCUAAAUCUUCAUUUCUUACUUUAUGUUAAAAUCUGUAUAUCAAUGAAUUUCUUUUCAUAAAGUACAGUCAUUUUUGAACAGGCACCUUCAUAGCCACCUUACAGCAAGCCAGCUGUGUUGCCAUGCAAAGCCCGGAAGGGACCUGCCCUAUUUUAUCCAAUGGCGAACGCGCAUUCCUUAUGUUGUCCUUAACUAAGAUGGCUGCGAAAUUUUCAGCGUCUCUAUCCCGUGCUGCACACCUUUGACCUCUGCCUUAAAGUUACAGCCGACGUCUUUGCGGAACAUGCGCCCUUGGGACCCAGCUUCUUUGCCUUUAAGUAAGAUGGCAACCUUGUUCCUUACUUCCUACGUCUUGCCCUCAGUGGAGGCGGCAGAGCUGGCUUCUUUCGUCGCCCUGAUUCUGCGCAUGCGCCAUUAACUUUGCAACGAUACUUUCUUGCCCAAAAGGAAGAUGGCCGCAGCCUGAAGCUGCGAAAAAUCAGCUGAGGGGAAGCGACGGUUGGGGUAUUCCGCGACCUGCUUUUCUCCUCCUCAUGCGCCGCCGGGAUGCUCUGCUCGAGCGGCUUCUUCCGCGGCAUCGAAUGUCCUUACGGGCAGGCCUGCGGGAGGCCUUACUGCCAUUUCAGACACCCGCCCGGGGCCCAACACACCUCCGAUGGCCCUAUACCGCCUCGACGCCUUUUGGCCCUGUCUGCUCCCGACAGACGCCCCGCCACACUCGGAGGGUGUGGUUAUGACCCCUAUAACCCAGAACUUCCCAAACCUGUGGCACAGGACAGCAAUGGCACUUUGGAAAAUAUUGUCCAGUCAGCCUCUGGAAUUCUGGAGCUUGAGUUGUUUGACAAGGCAAUUGAAGCUGCCAAGAAUGAAGUUGAACGUGAGCAAAAGAAGUACGAAGAGCUGCUGGAGACAGCUAAAGAGUAUGGCUCAUCUGAACCUCCUUUACUUGCUUCUAAGGCUGCAACCUCCAACUCAUUCAGUUCUCUGGAGUAUAACCCAGGUAGUUACAAUGCAAAUAGUGAUAAUGAUUACAAUCCUACCCCUCUUACAGUGGCUGCUGCUAGUCAGUCUAGCAAAUAUACGUUGGACUCCUUCAACAAUACGAAAUGCAAGGGCAGCUCACUGGAAUAUAUCCCCACUGUGGUCACUCAGCCGAAGAAGUACAGCAGCCCUGUUGUAAAUAGCAAGUACAUAAUUGACAACUCCAAGCCUUCAACAGAUUUAGAAUAUGAUCCUCUUUCAAAUUAUUCCGCCAGGCUGUUGAGCAAAGCGAAAGAACAAAAGGGGACCAAGCGGAAGAGAGAAGUUGAUCACGAGGAGGCAUAUUCUCCUUCAUUCAAGAAAUAUUGUGACGAAACUAGCAACGAUGAGCCCCUUGCCAGGUUUUCUGACUCGGAGGAUGAAUGCCAAGAAGCAUCUACCAUCCCCCUUAAAUCUAAAGGAGGUUCAGAGAGCAAAUUGGGUGCAGCCAAAGAAAAGGGAACCCCACAAAUAGAUACUAGUUCUCGACAAAUGAAAGAGACUGCCGUGCAGUAUGACAUGGGAGACAUCGAGAGCCCUCAAGGAACCGUUGUCAAAGAUUUAGUGGGGAAAAAUGCCAAGUUGGUCAAAGUGCCUUCUAACAGAGAUGCGAAAGCAAAGGAAAAGAACAAAGCGGCGUCAAAGGAUAAGCUGAAAAAGAAAAAUGACCACAAGGCACAGGGUAAGAAAAAUCUAGAUAAAAUAGAAGACAAGGAGACGAUGGACAUGAAGGCACAGCACAAAAAUGGGGAAAGGAGUAAGGAGAAACAAAGCAAGUCCCACAUCGAUAGGCAUGGACUGAAGCUCACUAAAUCAAAGUCUGUGAUCCCACCUGGAAUUGAGGAGGAGAACUCUGGCAAGAGCAAAGAUGUUGGGAAAGCUGUUGCUGCUGAAAAAUCAGGGACUAGCAGAAAAAAUAGCAAGCUCCAGGCUGUAGAGUUGAAAAGGAAGCCCCAAAUCUCUAGUGAAACUGAACAUAAUAAGAGAAAAGACAAGCAACCUGCCUUGAAAAGGUCUAAGGAAACGUUGACCAACUCCCAGGCCAAGGAGAACUCAAGGGCCAAAUGCAGAGUUAAACAGCGGGCCCUGAGCCAUGUUGAUCUCUUUGGUGAUGAGAGUGGAGAGGAGGAGCAGGUGGGCCAGCCUCUUCUUCCAUUCCCUGAUGUGAAUUCAGACUCAGACAGAGAUGAUGCCGACUUAUCUUUUCCCUGUUACGAUGGAAUAGCAAACGUUAAGAAACUUAAGUUAUCCCAGGCUCCUGCUGCUUCCUCUUCCUCUGACGAUGAGAUUGAUUAUUCUGGCCUAGAGAAGGAUUUGGAUUUUGAGUCUGACCCAAUGGAGGAGUGCCUUCGGAUUUUUAAUGAAUCCACUGAUGUCAAAACAGAAGACAAAGGCAGACUAGGAAAACAGCUAUCAAAAGAGGAAGGGGGUGAAGAAAAGUUGACAGAAGACAGUUUAACCACACUCUUUCCUGGACAAAAAAGGAGGAUUUCUCAUGUAACAAAGCAAGGACAUGUUGAAGUCCCAAGCAAGCCAGUGAUCCGGCCUUACCGGCCCCCAACUGCCCAGGAAGUCUGCUACCAGAGGAUUCAGCUAGCACAAAAGCAGGCAGCGCAGCUGGCCCAGCAGCGGCCACAGCAACCCCUGCCGACCACAAAAUUGCCUGUGGCACCUCGAAGAACUUCCAUUGUUAUGCACAAAGGAGAAAGGAAGCGAAUUGCUCAUGUGCCCAGUGCAGCUCUUUCGGCAGUUUCCAAUAGUAUUCCUGGAAAUCUUAAGAAGAUCAUUCCACCCGCAAGUGUGGCCUCUUCCAACGGUGUUGAUGCUUCAGGAUUGAAAGCUCGAACACUGACUGGGAUGGCAUCUAAAACAACGACCGCAAGUGUCACAAAAAGGAUAGCACAUACUCCUACUCUGCAGAGCACCACCUUGCAAAGGCCAGUUAUUCCCACAGAAUAUGGCGCCAAAGUUCCCACCAACAUCCGUCAGAGGUACCUCAACCUCUUCAUUGAUGAGUGCUCGAAGUUCUGCCCCUCACAGCAGGGAGCAUUUGACAAGGCUCUUGCUGAGGAGAAGGUGGUGUAUGAGCGCAGCACCAGUCGCAACAUCUAUCUGAAUGUGGCAGUAAACACUUUGAAGAAGCUGAGGACUCUUUUGCCCAGCCCUUCUCAGGAGGUUCAAAAGGCCAGCAAUAGAAAAUUGGUUUCUCAUGAAGCUAUGCUAGGAGGGAAACUGGCAGCCAGGACCAGCUACACACUUAAUCGUUCUACAAGCUUACGGCUAGAAGACCUGACAGGGGCUACCUUGUACCGAAGGCUCAAAGAAUACGUGCUGACAGAGGAUGACUUGAAGGAGCACGGCUACCCGUUACCGUGUCCCGAGAGACCUGGCCGGGCUGUUGUCUUUGCUAUGGAAGAGAAGAAAUUGACUGAUGGUUCUUGCAGGAUUUGUUGUCGUUGUGGCACAGAAUACAUGGUAACAUCUUCUGGAAAUUGUGUCCGUAAAGAAGAAUGCAUCCAUCACUGGGGGAGAUUGCGGAAGCAAAGAGUGCCAGGUGGCUGGGAAACACAUUACAACUGUUGUUCAGGAGCCGUGGGUUCACUCGGAUGCCAAAUUGCAAAACAACAUGUCCAUGAUGGCCGGAAGGAAAGUCUGGAAGGUUUUGUGAAGACAUUUGAAAAGUUGCCACGUGCAGGUGCGCAUCCUGGCAUCUACGCCUUGGACUGUGAAAUGUGUUACACGAAGCAGGGUUUAGAGCUGACGCGCGUCACUGUGAUCAACUCAGACCUGAAAGUAAUCUACGAUACCUUUGUCAAACCAGACUCCAAAGUUGUGGAUUACAACACUCGGUUUUCAGGUGUGACAGAGGCAGAUCUGGAGAACGCGUCAAUAACUCUUCGGGAUGUCCAGGCGGUUCUCUUGAGUAUGUUCAGCACAGAAACUAUCCUGAUAGGCCACAGUUUAGAAAGCGACUUGUUUGCACUAAAGCUUAUCCACUCUAUGGUGGUAGACACAGCUGUCGUCUUCCCUCACCGCCUGGGUUUGCCUUACAAGCGGGCAUUGCGUACGUUGAUGGCGGAUUACCUCAAGCGCAUCAUCCAGGAUAGCGUGGAAGGUCACGACUCCAGUGAGGAUGCCCGAGCCUGCAUGGAGCUGAUGAUCUGGAAGAUCAAGGAAGAUGCCAAAGUGAAGCGAUGAUCCGCCUCCACGCUGCUGCUAUUCUCCUUCGCAUUUUUAUCGCAGGGCAAUAAUAAAGCCUGCAGUGACACACCCGUAGCCAGCAGCAGACCCUUCCCAGACUUUCCCCCCUCUCGGCUCACAGGCGUCCCGAGGAAUUGGGAGCAAGCAGCUCCUUCUGCUGGCAAAGUGACGGGGCCGUGUCUGCACGCCAGGCAUUGUAGUCAAGUUGAAAUACAUUGUGACCCAAGAAAGUCAGCCAUCCCUGUGGUGGGGAAGGGUUUGGAGACAGACUCAUCAUAGAAGAUCGGAAUAACUUCAAGAGGCACUGAGUUCCACUAUUCCCUCUUCCCCUGUCCUAUUUAUGGGCUUUAAAAGCUAGCUUUA